CUGUUGGUGCUUUCCAUUUCAAGGGUUUUAUUUGUAAUUUUAAGGGCUUUCCUUUCGUUUCAAAGGUUCAAAGGUUCAGAGUUGAAACUACAAAGCAAAUAAUUUUAGGGCUAAAGUUUCUUCCUUUUCGUCUCUCCCAAAUUUCGACUCUGCCAAUGGACCCUCGAGACGGUGAAGCAAUUCUUGACGGCGAAACCAACGAUUUCAGAUCAUCUGGCCAUCCCGAUGAUGACAAGUCUCACCCUCACACGGGAGAUGGAGCCAGUCCUGGCAAAAUAUUUGUAGGAGGUUUAGCGAGAGAGACAAAUUCUGCUCAAUUUCUUGAGCAUUUCGGUAAAUAUGGUGAAAUUACGGAUUCUGUGAUAAUGAAGGACCGAAAAACGGGACAGCCUCGUGGGUUCGGGUUUGUGACUUAUGCAGAGUCUUCUGUAGUUGAUAAAGUUAUUGAGGACACUCAUAUUAUUAACGGGAAGCAAGUAGAGAUUAAGAGAACAAUACCAAAAGGAGCAGCAGGAAGUAAGGAUUUCAAGACUAGGAAGAUUUUUGUUGGUGGAAUCCCUUCAAUUGUAUCAGAAGAUGAGUUCAAGGACUUCUUUUCACAAUAUGGAGAAGUCAAAGAACAGCAAAUCAUGCGGGAUCAUGCCACCAAUCGUUCUCGUGGUUUUGGAUUUAUCACUUUUGAAACGGAGCAAGCUGUUGAUGAUCUCUUGGACAAGGGAAACAAGAUUGACUUUGCUGGAGCUCAGGUGGAGAUCAAAAGGGCAGAGCCAAAGAAACCAAACCCACCCCCACCUCCAUCCAAACGAUACAAUGAUUCUAGGACUGCAUAUGGUGGUGGAUUUGGAGAUGCGUAUGGUAGAUAUGGAGAUGGUGGAUUUGGUAGUGGUGGUUAUAGAUCAGGUGGGGCUUAUGGGGGUCGAGCUGGUGGUUAUGGGGCAUAUGGGGGUGGUGAAUUUGGUGGGUAUGGAGGUUAUGGUAGUGGUGGUAUGGGGCCUUACAGGGGAGAGCCCUCCCUUGGAUACUCAGGUCGUUAUGGAGGAAAUUUUAACCGAGGCUAUGACGUAGGAGGUGGCUACGGAGGCCCUGGUGAAUUUUAUGGGGGAUAUGGUGCUGGUGGCUAUGGUAGUAGCUAUGGUACCGGCCUUGGCAGUGGCUAUGGAGGUGGUGCUGCUGGUGGUGGAAGUUCUUUCUAUGGAAGUCGAGGGGGAUAUAGUGGUGCGGGUAGUGGUCGAUACCAUCCUUAUGGAAGAUAGAAAGGUUGUUAUUGAGAAAACCUCUCAUGAGGUUAUAAAUGUUGUCUCAUUUUGUACCUUGUAGCUCUGUCAUGUCAUUAUUCUUAGUUUAGUUUCUCUCUUGUUUAGAGUCUUUCAGAUGUGAGGUUCAGGGAUUUGAUCAUCUACUUUACCCUUCAAUUUUUAAUUUAAGCUUGACUGUGAGAGCUAAGUAAUCUGGUUUCUGUAUUUCUUCUUUGAUUGACAUUAACAUGCAAAUUCUGCAAGCUGUAAGAUUGAUUCUUGAUUGAAUACAGCAGGCAAAAAAAAAAAAAAAGAAUUCUUUUCAA